UUUCAAGGCUAAUUCAGGCGGCAUAUUUAAGCUACUAACGAAUCAUGUGCUGAUGCUGCGCUAUAGAUUGAAUCUUGGAUUCCUUCCAAAACUUCGAGAAAUAUUGAAGUAGUCUACUGUUAGACAUACGUAUGACCAAUCCUUCCCCACUAGAUGAACCUUUAGGUGUUGAUGAGACAGAACUAUUUAAUCUGAAUAAUCUUUGUUAUCGAGAUGAAGGAAACAAUACAAUUGUGGUAUCCAAUACACAGAGUGGUUUGAUAUUGCGUAUUCGGAAAACCAAUCUUGGACGCAAUGGAUACUGGCCGAAGGCUCGCACUAAACGAGCUGAGAUGUUUGCAAACCAGCGUAUAUUUCUUCAGUUUGGUUCCCAAUUUCUUCGCAGCAUACAUCUCAUCAAAACAAGUCCAACUUUUCUUGGUGAACUAGAAAAAGCAAUCGAACCAUUUAGACCUGCCUACCGUAAAGUUAAAGGAGUGGACCUUUCUGAAAACUUUGUUUUUGUCACAUCCGAUGCAACACAGAUGCCAUCACAUCUCGUGAAAUAUGCUUUCGGUCCAACUUUAAGCGUCGAAAUCAAGCCGAAGUUUGGUGUUAUCCCACUGUGGCCUGCUACUGGAGUCGUUAAUAUGGUUAAAAAUGUUGCAUCAUUGUUUUGUUUAAGACAAGAACAUUCUAGUAAACGAUCACGUUGGAAAGAUCUGUCCACAUAUUGUCCUUGUGACUUAUUUUCUGGUGAUCGUGACCGACUAGUGCAUGGUUUAAAUGCUCUUCUGACCACGCCUCAAAAUAAUUUCCGAGUCUACUUGGAUAGUCAUCCUAUUUAUUCUCAUGAUGUCGAUAAACUAGAUUAUGGCUUGAAUAAAUUUUUUCAUUUGGAACAUGAUUCAAUUUCUUCAAGUAAACAACAGAAUGAACUCCCUAAUGGUUUUGCUCAUAAAAAUGUUUGUAAUCGUUCCAACGAAUGUCUGUUUGCUAAUGACAGAGAUCGAUUGGUACGUGGAACUCUAUUAGAAGCAUUGUUGCACAAGUUCGACUGUACAAAUGAUGAUAUAAGGACGUUCAAACCAUCGAUUGAUUGUCAACCCUUUUCAACGCAUUGUGCAUUACACGCAGAUCAUAAAUCUCAUUCAGCUUCACGUGACAAUUGUUAUAGCUUACAAAGAAAUUGUAAACUUCCAGAUGGUUGUAUUUUACAACGUAUACUUUCUGUCCAGUUAUUGAUCACAACAGAUAUUGCUUUUAUCUUCCCACACUAUAAACGUGUAUGUACUUUUUUAACAGCACAUGGAUGGACAUGGGAGAUGUGGCUUAAACUAGCACGAAACGGGGAAGCGUCGAAAUAUUUGGAUACACAGGAAAUCGCUGAAAGUUUUGAUAUAGUUGAAAAAUAUUUGAUUGCUUUAAUCGCUCGGGAUUGCUCAAUUAUGAUUACUGUUCAACGCGCAAGACCUGAAUGUCCACCAUCAUCACCUGUUAUUUCGGGCACAUGCUGUUGUAUUCCCAAAAUGUUAAUUAGCUGUGCCAUCAUAGAUCUAGAUCCGAAACCCUUGGAGAAACUGCGUGAUCGACUAGAUUUAGAGACAGCGGUUACAUUGGAAGCGAUCAAUCGGCAAUUUAAUUUGCUAGUACCAAAGAGCCUUUCAUAAUAUCCAAAUGUAUAUGUAUUAUUCUCAGAUUCUUAUAUUUUCUGAUGUUAACGUAUUUUGUGUAUUAGUUUGCAGCAUUUGUUUUACCUUGAUCUUCAAAUACACCGUACCUGUUUUUGCAUGCAUGCAUAUCUUCAGCUCGAUUUGGAUAUCUAUAUAUUACAACUACAAUUUUCGUGUCUUUUGUCACUUUAUAAUAAGAAUAUUCCUGUAUUAGACGACCUUUAUUAGUUAAAAUUAUGGAGAGUAAUUUAGUUUUUCAAAUACUCCUACGUCGUAUAUUUGUGUAAAUGCAUAUUUUCUAUGCGUGGUAUAAAUCGUGAAAAAUGUAGGUCUGUUCAAUCUCUCGACAUCGAUUGGAAAUUUCAGCUGACCUAAACGUGCUUCCAAAUUAUAAUGUGGGAUUUUUCGUUGUUAUUAUUAUUGAUUUAUUUGUGACCUCUUUUUAUUUGAAAUAGUGGCAACUUUUCUGUGUUCCUUUCUUGGUCACCAACCUACCAUUCAUAUGCUUCCUUUGUUAUUGUUUUAUUUUUGCCCUUUGUGAAAUCAACUAGCUCUGUAGGAUUUCGCAUCAUUUUGUUAUCUGUACAGUAAAAAAUAAAGAAGUAUUAUUAAGAAACUUAAUCAGUUAACUCCUAUUUCAUUUUCUUUGGAAAUGUAAAUAGUAAAUUAGCAUGAUAAGUGUAGUUUCGC